CUGGGUCCUUAGCUGAAGGCUGGACUAUUCAUUAGGCAUACAGAAGAAGUGGCAAAGAAAAUAAAUUAACUCUGUCAAGGAGCUUGGUAUUAGACAAAUGAUCACCUCUUUGUGCUAUGAGACAAACGGGUCCUGUUACAGAACACUACACCCCUUCGGGGUCCAGCUGACCAUCUACCUCUUCUGUGCCAUAGGCAUGAUGGUCACAGUACUGGGGAACCUGCUGGUUGUGGUCUCUGUCUCCCAUUUUAAAGCUUUGCACACCCCCACCAACUUCUUGCUACUCUCUCUUGCCUUUGCAGACCUUUUCCUGGGACUAACUGUACUGCCCUUCAGUACUAUUCGAUCUGUGGAGAGCUGCUGGUACUUUGGAGACUACUUUUGUAGGCUACAUACCUUUUUGGACACACUCUUUUGCUUGACCUCAAUACUUCACCUAUGUUUCAUUUCCAUUGAUCGUCACUGUGCUAUCUGUGAUCCUUUGCUUUACCCCACUAAGUUUACCAUAAGGGUGUCUUGCAUCUACAUAGCAACAGGGUGGUGCAUACCUGUGAUUUACACAUCCAUCUUCCUGUAUACUAAGGCCAUUGAAGAAGGACUAGGUCAUUUUUUACAAGACAUGCCUUGUGUUGGGAGCUGUCAGCUGCUCUUUAACAAACUCUGGGGCUGGAUAAAUUUCCCAGUGUUUUUCUUCCCCUGCCUCAUAAUGAUAGCUUUAUAUAUAAAAAUAUUUAUUGUUGCAAACAGGCAAGCCAGACAGAUAAACAGCAUGAAUAAGAGUAUUGAGUCUCAACUAAACUUAGGAGCACCAAAGAGAGAAAGAAAGGCAGCAAAGAGCCUUGGGAUCGCUGUAGGAAUCUACCUCCUUUGCUGGCUACCCUUUACCAUAGACACCAUGGUAGACAGCUUUCUGGGUUUUGUUACUCCACCCAUACUGUUUGAUGUUCUCAUCUGGUUUGCUUACUUUAAUUCUGCCUGCAAUCCCUUGAUUUAUGUGUUUUCCUAUCGUUGGUUUAGGAAGGCAGUGAAGCUAGUUAUAACUUGUAAGAUCUUUGAUUCUAGGACAGCUACAGUAGACUUGUAUCAGGAAUGAACCUAGUGCUUCUUAUUUGUAAAUUUAAACGUGUCUCUCAUAAGCAUUAAAAUGGUAAUAAACAUGGAAACUCUUUCACGUUAGUCAUGUUUAAAAGUAUUAAAAAACAAUGAGAGUAUAGUAAAUAAUAAAGCCCCUGGGAAAAGGCACCAAUCUGGAUUCUUUUUGUACAACUGAAGGAUCUAGUAUUAAAAGUUGUGAGUUGACACCAUCAAUUAUUAUUUAAAAGCUUUGAAAACCUGGACCCAAUUCCUGGAAGACAGCAACAGAAAAUAUCCAGGAAAUACUGGAUUACAAAUCAUCAAAACAUUUCUCUGAAUGGUGAUUUGACCAUUUAGUAGGCUGCUGUUUUUCAUCUCUGUAUUUUCAAAGCAGGUGCACAGGGCAGAGCCCAAACUUAAUACAUACUUGUUUUCAUUUCCAGAGCAAUUACACUUGCUUAUACAUUGUACAUUGUCCAUGUCUUUACUUGGGAGAGUUGGGAAACUUUUAAAGUGCUAAUACUGUAAUUUUGGAUAAUAACACAUCAGUCUUAUUGCUAGGCGCUAUAAAAAUAAUCAGUAUGUUUCUGAAAUAGAUUGGUUGCUUUCCUCUUUCUUCCCAUUUCCGUGA